AUGUCUUCUAAGGUCAGGUCUACAUUUACGCCUCGCGAUACUAUCACGUAUCUCUGGCAGGGCCUCCGUCUUCCCCCAGGUACCCUCGACUCUCUCUGCAUCAGCGGAUCUCCCAAUCCCGGCCUGCCCUCCUCCUUCAAAGUUGGCCAUAUCGCCCAAGCCUCAAUUGCACUCUCUGCUCUCUUGGCGUCUCAGAUCUAUAGUCUCAGGAAUAACAUCACCCCUCCCAAAGUCACCGUCCCCUAUGAUCACGCGUGUAUCGAAUUCAAGUCCGAGCGCCUCUACACCUUAAACGGUCAGCCUCCCCCUUCAUCUUGGGGAACCAUUGGCGGCCUUCAUCGAGCAUCUGACGGUUACGUCCGCGUUCAUGAUUCGUUCCCCAACCACCGUGAAGGAACAAAAUCCCUUCUUGGAUGCUCUCCAACCGCAACCAGAGACGAUGUUGCUUCCAAGAUUUCGGCAUGGCGCUCCGUGGACCUCGAAACCACUGCCGUUGAUACCAACCUUGCCAUUACUGCUCUCCGCAGUUACGAACAAUGGGACGUUUUGCCGCAAGCCAAAGCCAUCGCGGACUUUCCCAUCCUGCUUCGCAAAAUCGGCGACGCCCCGGCUGGUCUUCCCGCCCGGAUCGGUUCACACGCCGAUAAAUGUCUGCGGGGGCUCCGUGUUCUUGAACUCUCGCGGGUCAUUGCGGCCCCAUUGUGUGGGAAGACGCUGGCCGCACACGGGGCCGAUGUGCUCUGGGUGACGAGUCCUCAUCUGCCCGACCUGCCAGGACUCGAUCGGGAGUUCGGCUGCGGAAAGAGAACCGUCCAAUUCGAUCUGCAAGACGAACAAGAUACAGAGGAGCUUCUCACUUUGCUCGACGAUGCAGAUGUCUUCAUCCAGGGGUAUAGACCGGGCAGUCUAGCUGCCCGUGGACUAUCUCCAGAAUCAAUCAUCAACAGACGGCCCAAUCGCGGUAUCAUCUACGCAAACAUGUCUGCAUACGGCCCCGACGGCCCCUGGUCAGCGCGUCGAGGCUUUGACUCCCUCGUUCAAACUUGCUCCGGCAUGAACGUUUCGGAGGCCCAUCACUUCGGUGCUGGAGAAGCCGCACGUGCACUUCCCUGUCAGGCGCUCGACCAUGCAGGUGGCUUCUUCCUCGCGUCCGGCAUCAUGGCCGCGUUGUACAAGCAAGCAACCGAAGGGGGAUCCUGGCAGGUGGAUGUCUCGCUAGCGGGGGUGAUGAAAUACCUGCGUUCGUUAGGCCAAUACGAAGGGAAAACAGGGUUUCAAGGAUCGCCCGAUUAUGCUCGCCCCCAAGAUGUUCCGACCGAGUAUCUCGAAACCCGACGCACGGGGUUCGGGGAGAUGACCGUCGUUCGUCACGCUGCGAACAUCGAAGGGGUUGAGGUCGGCUGCGAAGUUAUGCCCAAACCACUUGGCUCUGACGAGACACGAUGGCUGUAG